UCACUUAUGUAGGUACAUCGAGGCCAGUAAAGCUCAUCUUUACCACUCUAGUGGUGAUUCAGUUGCUUCUGUUACACAGGCAGUUCUAUUGUAUGUUUUUUAAAACAUACUUAAAUUACUACACCCCUUCAUGCCAUUUGUGACCGAGGAACUCUGGCAGGCGCUCCCCUACCGAAAAGAAGCUCUUAUUGUAUCUCCGUGGCCACUGACUUCACUUCCAAGGAAGAGCAAUUCGAUUAAAAAUUUUGAAAAUUUACAGGCUUUGACUAGAGCUAUCAGAAAUGCUCGAGCAGAAUAUUCUGUUGAGCCUGUAAAGCGUAUAUCAGCAUCUAUAGUUGCAACUGAAGAAGUCACUGAAUACAUAUGGAAAGAAAAAGAAGUUUUAGCUCUUCUCUCCAGGCUAGAUUUACAAAACAUCAAUUUCACCGAUUCUCCCCCAGGCACGUUUCUUCAUCGAUUAUUUUCCAUUUGGCCAAGGCCCGGAAAUGUUCAUGUUUAUUGUCAUUUAUUUUUAUGGCUUUAUAUGACCUGA